AUGAAAAAUGGAACAAUUGAUGAAUUUUUAAUGUUAUCUGAAUUGGCGGAACAAGAAAAGGUGGUUUGUGUGGAAUUUUAUGAAUCGGAAUUAGCAAGAAUUUUGAAUGAUAUUCAAGCGAAAAGUAUGGGAAAAUUGAGAUUGGAAAAUCAAGUGAGAUUGGAGAAGUCGAUUGGGGAGAAUAGUGCAAUUUAUAUUGCUUUUAAAAUGUGAGUUUGAGAAUAUCUGAAGGAAAAGCAACAUUCACCAAUAUUCUUAUUUUUUCAGAAAAGAUCCAUCAAAAACAACAACCAUUAUGAAUGUUGUUUCCAACGACGAAUCUCUUUAUUUCGCCAGAAUUGAAAUUUUUUCCGAUUUCCAAGUCAAAUUAUCAACUCAUACUGAAAUGAAUGUUCAACCAGUUAUUAGUAAAAUCGACUCUUCUGACUAUUUUGAAAUUCAAAUUCGAUUUGUUGAUGGAAGAGUUAAACUAAUACAUGUUCACAAGGAUGAACCGGAUCUAAUUGCCGAAAUAUCACUUUCAUUGAAAUCCAGACAUCAAUCAGAUAUUGUUAAAUUUGAUAAUUUAGACAUUUUCGAUAUAGUUUAUCAUGAGUGAGUAUUUUUUGCUAGGGUAAAUUUAACUCUAAAUAACAACGUUUUUAAGAAAUUGUGGACUGAAGAAAACCUAUCACGUAAACAAAACGAUAAAGCGAGAAACACCAAAAGAAGUUCGAGAUUUCGAAAGAUCAAUAAUCGAACAAUUUUCACCAUGGAAUGGACUUACUGAUGUAAAACAAUUGAGUUUUGCUAAGAAAACUGAUUGGGCCGAAAAUUUCAUGUUUCAUGUUUUUGGAAGAGAGAAAGUCGAUUUUGAUCUUCAAUACAAAUAUGGAACCGAAAAAGCUUUUGGUUAUGAGAUCAAAGAUAAUACAUUGAUUAUUGGGAAAAUGAGGAGAUAUUGGGUUCCAACAUACUUUGGGCUUUUUGGUUAUUUUCAGAAUUCAUAUGGAAAUGAGGAUCCAGUGAAAAUUCCUAAUUUACCGAGAGGAGUCACUUUGAACUCAUUUCCGAAAGAAAAUGAGGAUAAUUCAGGUCAAAAUUGCGACUUAGAAAUGACGAAUCAAACAACUUUGGCAAACUUUAAAUAUUAUCCAUGUAGUGGUAGUGGUCAAUCUGAUUGUUAUUAUUCGACAAAUCGAGUUGAGAUAACUUCGCAAAAUUCAUCAAUUUCUGGUUUUCGAUAUAUGGAUCAAAUCGAUUAUUUGACCAAAUUAUGUUUUCUAGUUGAUGCAAAAUCAAUUCAUCAAGAAACUCUUCCAUAUUUGAGAAAUUGUGCAGCUAUUGAAACCCCAUGGAAUUUAUGUUCAUCUCCAUUUUCACCCGAAAAUAUUACUGAAAUAUCACCCAAUGUGAAAAAUUCUGUGGCAAGAGAUGAGAUUAAAAAGACUCAAAAAGUAUUGGAUAAUUUCAAACAAAAAGUUAGCACUGAAAAACCAAAAACUGUUACUGCGAAACAAUUGCUUUAUGAGCACACCGUUUCAGAAAUUUUCGGAGAAAGUAAGUUUAGUUUAGAAAUUUUGAAGAUUUCUAAUUUUGUUCUUACAGAUCCGGGAAUUAUAAGUUGUAUGGUUUUAUUUUUCAUUGGUGGCUUGAUUGUGUUGAUUGUCAAUGUGGUGAUUGUGAUUUUGUUGGAUUUUUUGAGUAAAUGA